AUGCUUGAAUUAGAGUUUGCAAGAUUAGAAACGAAAUUAGCAAGACAAUCUUCAACACCAGAAAAAUAUUAUACAAAACCACAUUAUAAACCUAGAUGGUCGUUGGAUGACUUACGAAAUGAGACUAAAUAUCUUGACAAUAUGGCAAGAAAGGCUCUGAGCCCUGUCAGGUUCUAUCCAUCACAGCCUGUUUACGAUAUUGACGAAGAUUUAAAUUCAACUUAUCCAAAAAUUUCAGAACCGCAUAGAAUUGACCCACAAAUUACUUUAGUUCCAGUUAAUAGAGGAAAUGAUUAUACAUAUCAGAGAAAUACUAUUCAACCUGAAAUUCCUCCUUCAUUACCUGUCAAUUUGAUGAAUGAAGCUGAUCCAUCUCUUGGUCUAAGACCUAAGCCAAAGAAACAUGAACAUCGACAUCGUGAACCAAUUUAUAAAUUCAGAAAAUCUCCACAAAAAGAAUAUCCACGAAAAACAGCUAAGCAAAUUGAGCUUGGUACUCCUCCAGAUUCUCUUGACGCCGCUCUUGAUUCAUUUAUAGAUAAUAUCGAAGAAGUCGGAAAAUGGGCUGAUUGA